AAAACUGAUUGGUACUGCAUUCUGGGACGGAGAACUCGUCCCUAGGGUAGUCUGAAACGAAGAAGAACUGAGAAAAGUGUGAGGAAAAAGUCGGCUGUUUUGCGACGCGUCGCAAGAAGCCCAUCCAGUAUUACACCGCUAUCCUGGGUACAAGCAUGAGCUUCACUGAGAAACACGAAGAGAUCACCAAACAGGAGUGGAUGGACAGGCUCAACUCCCUCCACAUCUCCCGCGCAGACAUGAACCGACUCAUCAUGAACUACCUUGUGACCGGUGAGUUUUCUUCCGGCAGUUCAGAAGGGUUCAAAGAGGCUGCGGAAAAAUUCCGCGUGGAAGCUGGAAUUCCGAUGAACAUGGACACGGAAUCCCUGGACGAGAGAAUAAAGAUCCGAGACGCCAUCCAGAAGGGGGAGAUAGAAGAAGCCAUGGCAUUGGUCAACAACCUCCAUCCUGAGUUGUUAGAUGAUAACAGAUAUCUCUACUUUCAUUUGCAACAACAACAUCUCAUAGAACUGAUCAGGAAGAAAGACGUGGAGGGAGCACUGCAGUACGCACAGACACACCUGGCAGAGAGAGGGGAAGAAAACGCGGACGUUCUGAACGAACUGGAGAAAACGCUCGCUCUCCUGGCAUUCGAGAACCCGGAGGAUUCUCCGUUCGGCGAGCUGCUUCACCCUUCUCAAAGACAAAAGGUUGCGAGUGAGCUGAACUCGGCUAUUCUAGAAGUAGAAAACAGAGAGUCUACCCCAAAGCUGGCUAACAUGCUAAAACUCUUACUGUGGGCCCAACAUGAACUGGACCAGAAGAAAGUCAAGUACCCACACAUGACAGACCUAGCCAAAGGAGACAUAGAAGACCCCAAAUGACUACUCUUCAAACUAUUAAUGUAGAUAUCUUUGUACAAAAGGUAAAGUUCACCCAUUAAACACUACAUACAACAUGUAUUAAGGAUGUUACAAUACAGCGAAAAAACUUAGAUUCAGGAGUGACACCUAGGCCACAUUCGUUGUAGGUUGGCAUAUAAUUUGAUGCCGUAGAAAUUUCAAGUAGGCUGUGCCAGAACCAACCUCUGACAAGGAUUUCAAGACAGGCUUUUCAAGACAGAAGAAUUUUGUACAACAUUGCACAGCUAUCUCAAGUAUCAUAUGACAGUUGCACAGUGUAUGUGACCAGGUCUUAUUUGACUCACAUUUGUAAAUUAUCUUGAAAAUCUGAAAAAGAAGUAAUCAAGAAGCUACACCAUCUUGGUAGAAGGCAACUUGCAACACUUAAAUUUACCCUAUUUCUUGAGCCUGAAUACUCAAAGUAAGUUAUAUGUCAGUCUUCAGGACUAUGCUGGCUCUAAGAAGAAGAAUUUUCCACAGGAAUUUGGCCACCAUAGUAUUUCAUUUGCCCAUACACAGAGUUGGUGGAAAUGUUACCCUCACUUCAUGGUCUCUCUCCCUCAAUUCUUUCCCCUACCUUUGCCAAAUUCUACACAUGUAUCUAUACAGCGAACAAGCUUCAGCCAUAUUCAUUGAUCGCAAGCUCACCAAACUUAAAAGCCUUUCAAGACUUUCAUAUUUUUGACCAUAUCUAGCACAUAGAGGGCUUUGGUCAAUGUGUAUAAAUUGAAUGAUGGCCAAGAGAAUGCCAGGCAUGUUUCUGUGGAAAAUUGACAUCUAGAGCUCGUUAUUUCACCUCUGCAGUGUAAGAUUUGGAUGGGUGGCUGGAUGCUAGUAGUACAUGUACAUCGCUUCAACCUUAUUAUCCACAGCUUGCCUUGUAAUGCAGUGAUCUCCAAGCAGAUCCUAAGGUUCCGGUAGCCAUCCACACUCCUCUGCCAGCUUUUGAUACUAGUAAAUGUAUUUAAGUUCGCGGGGAUUUAAUUUUGGGAAAAAGAACUUUUAAGUUCACGGUAGCACCAUGUACUGUAGUCUCUUACUGCCAUGGUAAAAUGUUUACGGUGGUUUUAAGUUCGCAGUGAAGCGUUCACCGCGAAAACCGCAAACAUUAAAACCGCGAACCACCGCAAAAAUUUCUGCAUUUACAGUAUCUUAUGCUACUAAAGGAUCUGCUUAGAGAUUAGUAAUGCAGAACUUAAUAGCAGUUUUGCAAUCAUAACUCUAGAUCUGCCACAUGAUAUUACAUUUUUCUGUUUUGAAUGAUUAAAAUGGGAAGUGAUAUUCAUAAUUAACUGACUGAAUGUAAAGUUGUAGAUAAUAUUUUGUACAUACUUUGUAUCAACUUCUGUUUCUUGUGCUUUGUAUGUUGGGUAAGUACACUUGUACUGUAUUCUCUUUGUAGAAUAUUUAGUGCAAGACCUGGUUUUGUUGCCCUAUAUUUUAUGAAAAGUUCAUGAUUAUAUUAUAACUAUUUCAGAAGCAUGUAAUAGCAAUCUUACUCAAAAAUUUAUUUAUUUAUUUGGGUAAGAAAUUUUUUUCUGAAUUAAGUUUAAGAAUACAAGUUGGUAAGUUCCAUCUUUCUCAAACUGUACUUCAAGAGCAACUCCCAAACAUUGUAUUCACUUAACAGUUAAACACUUUUGUGUGUCGAAGAAUACAUAAAUAUAGUUUCAUAAUAUGAACUCCAUGCAUUUGUAUGUUGUUAUGCAGAUUGUAAGAAUUUCAUACCUUCAUCACAAUAAAGUUCAGCUUUUUCUUGUA